AUGGGGAGCAAAUCCUCCACCUCCAUCUCCACCAAAUGGGCUCGGCAUCAGGAAGAUGUCGGAUCUAAGACGGGGUCCGCUCUGGUCUCCGGAAAAAUUCCGGGGCGGGUCCUAAUCAUGCAUCCUAGACGUCCUAGGACGAGGGGUGGUCGUAUUCCGAGAUGGGGAGCAAAUCCUCCACCUCCAUCUCCACCACCUUCUCCACCUCCAUCACCUCUACCUCCACCAUCUCCACCUGGGAGACGAAAUACUGAAGGCUCUGACAUUAAGAGGGUUAAAGAAUUGGGGGCAAAUGAGUUUCAUGGUAGUGCUGAUCCUGCUGAGGCUGAUGCUUGUCUUACAGAUGUCGAGCGAAUAUUUGAGGUUCUUCAGUGCCCUGAUAGAGAUAGGGUUCUGUUAGUAUGA